UGAGACUUCCCUGUCUCUGUUCGUCUUCGUCUCCGGCGAGCAAAGCGGCGGCGAAAAGGGAGGGAUGGGGUACCUCUGGCGGGUGCGGCUGUCGUCGUUCGCUGCCGGCGCGGCGACGGCGUCGGCAGCGGGGUUCUUCCUCCUCUACAAGGACCACCUCCUCGCUCGCGCCACCAUCGCCCGGCAGGUGGAGGAUAUUAAGGAAGCUUCUGAAAAGCAUUAUGAAGCCCUAAAUAAGAGGAUAUCAGCACUGGAAAGCAGAAAAGAACCAGGAGCUAUUAAAGAGGCAUCAGAUUAGUUUAAUGAGUUGGGCUUAUGUAUCGGUUACAUCCGCCCAGGUGUUUUUGAUUGCUGCAUGUGGUAUAAACUGCAGCAUUUAAAGCUGUACUAUUGUGUUGUUGGAAUUCUAUGAACCCUGAUUUUGACUUGUGUUACACUUCUGCAUGGCCAUGUCAAUGCCAUCUUCUUGAGAUGGACAAAGAUCAAAUAAAUGCAUUUUUUUAUUA